AUGAUCCGCACACUCCGUCCCAUCGCUUCCAGGCUGCCAUCGCGGCACGUCGCUUCAUCGUCGACCCCGCUUCGAGCAGCAGCGGCGGGAGCGAGCUCGAUCCGCGGGCUUGCCACACCGACUAUCGAGGGCCGAUCUAGCCCUCUCCGCGCGCACUCUGUUGAAGAACUGCACGGCUUGAGCGCAGAGGAGAUUCUGAAGGAGGGGACAAGCAGGAAAGAUGCGAGCAUGAGACAUUUCACCGUCAACUUCGGACCUCAACAUCCCGCUGCCCACGGUGUGCUUCGUCUGAUUCUCGAGCUUAACGGAGAGGAAAUCCUUCGAGCCGACCCGCACAUUGGGUUGUUGCACCGCGGAACUGAGAAGUUGAUCGAGUACAAGAACUAUACUCAGGCACUGCCAUACUUUGACCGACUGGACUAUGUCUCCAUGAUGACCAACGAGCUGGUCUACUCUAUGGCCGUCGAGAAGCUGCUCAACAUUGAGGUGCCAGAACGAGCCAAGUGGAUCCGAACUCUCUUCGGAGAGAUCACCCGGGUGCUUAACCACCUGAUGGCCGUCCUCACCCACGCCAUGGAUGUCGGAGCUCUCACUCCCUUCCUGUGGGGUUUCGAAGAGCGUGAAAAGCUCAUGGAGUUCUACGAGCGAGUCUCGGGUGCGCGUAUGCACGCCGCGUACGUCCGGCCCGGUGGUGUCGCCUUCGACCUGCCCCAUGGCCUUCUCGACGACAUCUUCAAGUGGGCCACGCAGUUCUCGAGCCGGAUCGACGAGAUUGAGGAGGUCGUCACCGGCAACCGGAUCUGGAAGGGACGGACCGUCGGCGUCGGAGUGGUGACUGCGCAAGAGGCGCUCGACUACUCGUUCUCUGGUGUCAUGCUGCGAGGAUCGGGGGUGCCGUGGGAUAUCCGAAAGGUGGCGCCUUAUGACGCGUAUGAUAAGGUCGAGUUUGACGUGCCUGUGGGGAAGAACGGGGAUUGCUAUGACCGAUACCUCUGCCGAGUACAGGAAUUCCGCGAGUCCCUUCGAAUCAUCGACCAGUGUCUCAACAAGAUGCCCACCGGUGCCGUCAAGGUAGACGACCACAAGAUCGUCCCUCCCCCACGAGCCAGCAUGAAGGAAUCGAUGGAGUCGCUGAUCCACCACUUCAAGCUCUACUCUGAGGGCUACUCGGUCCCACCCGGCGAGACCUACACCGCCAUCGAAGCCCCCAAGGGCGAAAUGGGUGUCUACCUCGUUUCGGACGGUACGCAGCGCCCGUACAGGUGCAAGAUCCGCGCGCCUGGAUUCGCGCACCUCGCAGGAAGUGACUUUAUGAUGAGGCACCACUUCUUGCCCGAUGCGGUGGCGAUCAUUGGGACGAUGGAUUUGGUGUUUGGGGAGGUGGACCGAUAG